GUAUCAAUUAAAUAUAGGAAAAUUUUAGAUGUACCAUUAAGGUUUGACUUAAUUUUCAAAAUACCCUUGUUGAAUUUUGAAGUUCAAAGCUUAUGUUUUAAGGGCACCUUAAGAAACUAAUGCACUUAAAUUUCGGUGUAUGAUAAAGAUAUUUUGAGCCCAGACACAAAAUUCAGAAGUAUCUAAAAAAUUCCCUGAGGGGUAAUUUAAAAAUUACGUUAAACCUCAUGGAGGAAAUUUCCUUUAAAUAAAAAAGGCAACACCAAUUAUAAUAUUGGCCUAUGGUGUGCUCUAUGCGGCCAAUAGCAUGUCAUCAUCAACUCUACAAGUAAGGUACAUUUUUCUAUUAAAAAUCUGGAACAAAUAAAGAAUAAAAAUAAAACAAUUGAAGAUCAUAUUGAUUUGAGUGAAACAUCGAGGAAACAAUUCAAAGAAGAUGAUGUAUGACUAAUUGACUAGCCAGUACAGUGUGUAGAGGAACAUAAAAAAAAGAAGAUAAAUGAAAAACGUAUAGUUUAUCGACAAAAAAAAAAAAAAAAAAAAAAAAAAACAUAAGGAAGACCAUAGUGGGAGCAACAUCGCGACGGAUCCAAACAAACCACUGAAGCAAACAUCUCAAACUGUUAACACGGUUCGAGAUGUUCAUAAAGGGCUUUAUUUUUUCUAUUUUUCGCUUUAUUUUUUCUUUGUUUCCCCGGUUUCUUGUGCGUCGUCCAGUUAUUACCAAUGAUGUGAACGCACAAGAAGAGACUCCUUUGCACCACCUCGCCCGUAAGAACGGCUACAAUGAGGCCGCUGCUAAUCCUACUGGUGAAAUACAUAGGCUUAUACUACAAAGCGGGACUUGUGAUAUAGAAAUGAGUCUCAGAAGAAGAGCGGAUUCAGCCACUGAUCAGGAUCAUGAUACACUUUACAUGGCGGCCAAAGAAGGAAGAGAGGAUGUGGCCCUGCAAAUCCUGAAAAAUGUGGGUGAAGCCAUAAUACUUUACAAGGACAAAGAUGAUAAUCGCACUGCCUUCCAUGUUGCUGCAAUUAAAGGCCAAGAUCGUUUGCUAAAGAAGAUGUCUAAGUCAAUGUCCAGUAAAUGCGAUAUGAAAAGGUUGAUACUUCAGGGCGACAAGUACAAAAACAACCCUUUACACUACGCCCUUAUAGGUGGUCAUGAGAAGACCGCUCGGUACUUGGUCGAGGAGGCACCAAGAGCCGCGUACAAACAAAACCAUGACGGAGACUCGCCGCUAUUUCUAGCCGUAGUAAACGAUUAUCCGGAUCUGGUUGGGUACAUGAUUAGAACUGAUCUCUCUCAUGGUAUCAGAAACGAUCUUCUUGACCAUGCCAAGAGAAUCUCACUUGCACAUACUGCCCUCAGAAAGAGAAAUCAAGCUGUGUUUCAAGCACUAUUGGGGGGCCUACCUGAACUCAUCGAUGUACCAGACAGAAAAGGUUGUAAGCUGCUUUCUUUUGCAGCGUUCAUAGGUUGCCUCAAUGAAAUGCGCUACAUUCUCCAAACAUUUCCAGAUUCUAUAAUGAAAAAUGAUGAAGAUGGUUCAUUACCUAUUCAUAAAGCAGUUGCUGGAGGACACGUCAACGUUGUCAAGGAGUUAAUAUUGUGUUGCCCUCAGUUACUACAUGUCAUUGACAAAAAGGGUCGAAACAUUAUUGAGUUAGCAACUUUGUAUCAGAGUAACGAUGUGCUCGCGUAUUUAAAUGAGGAACAACAAUAAUUGAGGAGAAACUGAAUAUUGUUGUGAAAUAAAGGUAACACAAAGAUUGUAGAGUGAAAGUAACAAAAACUGAAUAUUGUUGUGAAAUAAAGUUAAUCUUAUUAGUAACCCAA